AUGGCAGACGUCCAGAAGAAACUACAAACACUUACGGACGAAUUCCAAAAGCUACAAACUGAGCUCGAAGGACUAAUCGAGGCACGUCAGAAACUCGAAGCGCAACAACAGGAAAACAAGGGUGUCCAGGGAGAAUUCGCCGCCCUCGACGAAGAUGCAAAUAUCUACAAGCUUGUCGGACCAGUCUUGUUGAAGCAGGAUAAAAGCGAGGCCACCAUGGCCGUUAACGGCCGUUUGGAGUUUAUCGAGAAGGAAAUUAAACGCAUCGAGGGCCAAAUCAAGGAAACAGAAGAGAAGAGUGAUAAGCAACGGGCAGAAAUCGUCCAGUUCCAAACCCAAAUCCAGCAGCAAGCUGCUGCUGCCAGCGCCUCGUCUUGA